AUGGCUCUUACCUGCACCGACAUUCCAAAGUUCAUCUGCGCUGUUCUUCUUCCACCAGUUGGAGUCUUCUUAGAGAAGGGAUGCGACUACCAUCUUGCCAUCUGCAUCCUUCUCACCAUUCUCGGAUACAUUCCAGGAAUCAUCUACGCUUGCUACGUCAUCCUCGCCUAUUAA